GACUCUUAAAAGGAAACGGAGAGAGUAUAAAUAGAAUAUUGGACUUUUAAAAGGAAAAUCUUUUUGGAGUCCUACUUUCUAGAGAGAAUUUAGAGCAAUUCCAAAACCGUUAUGUAAUUGUAAGUCGUCAUAAACUGAUUGAGUACCCACGGGACUUUCAAUCCCCAUCAACUUUUUACCAACUUCACCACCACCCCUAGAACUUCUAACUAAUGCAGACUAACUCUAUCCUAUUAGCCCAGAAACUGAUCUCAAGCCAGAGCCAUGGACAAAGGCUCCAGCAUUGACAAGAAAUGGAAGCUCUGUGCAUUUGCCAGCUUCAUCGGCUGCGUCAUCCUGACACUGUAUCUCAAUAACCACCAAAACAGUAUCAGACUCAUCUCUUUUCGAAACAUUUCGGUAUCCGUAAUGUCAUCCGAACCAUUCAAACCAUUAGUCUUCGUUGAAAAGGAGAUACCCAUGAAGACAGAUGCAUCCCUCGUCGUUAAAAAUAAGGAACCAUCAGUCUUCGUUGAAAAGGAGAUACCCAUGAAGACAGAUGCAUCCCUCCUCGUUAAAAAUAAGGAAGAACGUAAGAGCAAUAUUGCAGGUAGUUGCAAUAUAUUCGACGGGAGAUGGAUUUACAAGCCAGCUGACAACCCUCUAUACGAUGAGUUUCAGUGUCCGUUCCUCAGCGAUCAAGUAAGCUGCCAGAGGAACGGACGACCAGAUUUUGACUACAAGAGUUGGAGCUGGGAAGCCAAGGACUGUGAGAUUCCAAGGUUUGAUGGGAAAGACUUGUUGGAGAGACUAAGAGGGAAGAGAAUGGUCAUAGUUGGGGACUCCCUCAACAGAAACCAAUGGGAAUCUCUUGCUUGCCUCCUCUACUCUGUUAUUUCACCCUCAAGAGCCCAUGUGGAGGUGCAAAGUGGUGUUUACAAAGUCUUCAGAGCAAAGGACUACAACUGCUCUGUCGAAUUUCACUGGAGCCCAUUUCUGGUGCAGUUCGAUACUAAACAAGCCAAGGAUACUAAAGCUCUACUAAGGCUAGACAAACUUGAAACCUCAGCUCGGCAAUGGCGUGGUGCCAACAUCAUGGUAUUUAACACUGGUCACUGGUGGGUCCAAACCGGCAAGUUCAGGAAUCGAAUGGGGAAAAUUUGCAGGUGGGACUUGUUCCAGUAUAGAGGAAAACUGAUACAAGAGAUGGAUAUAGAAUCAGCAUUUGAGAUGGCCAUGAAAACCUGGGCUCAGUGGAUUGAUCAAAAUGUAGAGUCCAACAAAACAAAUGUGUUUUUCAGGAGUAUUUCCCCGGAACACAAGGGGAACCAUCGCUGUCAGAAUGUGACACAACCAAUCAUGAACGAGUCCUACAAAGCGUCAUUUCCAAAGCCUGUGAUAGAUAUUGUUGAGAGGAUAAUCGGAGGGAUGAGAACACCAGUGACAUAUCUGAACAUCACGAAGCUAUCAGAGUACCGAAGAGAUGCGCAUCCGACUGUGUAUGCGAAAAAGAAAAUGAUGAUAGAGAAGGAAGGGAAGCAGCUGGCGGCUUUUGCUGACUGCAGCCACUGGUGCCUGCCUGGGGUACCAGAUACAUGGAACAGGUUAUUUUAUGCACUAUUGGUUUUCAAUACCUCUACAAAAAAUCUUAAUUCCUCACAUGAGGGUCUCUGAGCCUUCUGAUACGCAUAUGUUUCUCAGCUACACUAUUAGUACAAUUACAUUAUACAUGGAAAUUUGUGAACCUUUUUCUAUUAUCCUAUAUGCUUUUAAUUGACAGUGUAAAACAAUUUCCAUUUGCAAACAUUGAUUUUGUUUUACUA